AUGGUGGAAACCAUUGCAACCCCCUCAAAUGCACCUGCUGCUUCAUCCGUGCCUCCUGCUGCUGCAAAAACAGGAGAUUCAUCGCUUCCCCAGUGUGAAUCUCAGCCCGAAAAGCCAAAACGUCUUCCUAAGCAAGUGGCUCGAAAAUCUGUGUGUCCUUACAAAACUUGGACUUCAUCGUCUUCAUCGUCAAAGGAAACUCCUCCACCUGCUGUAUUUCCUCCUCCUGCUGCAUCAGUUCCUGCCUCUACCCCAAUUGGUCCUUCUACUCGCACUCGUGCCCAGCAAGCCUCUAUCGAGAAGGAACUUCGAUCAUCUCGAAGUCAUGACAAACCAGCGCCUCCAGCCAAGAAAAAGCUUAAGACGAAUCCACCUUCGGUUUCUUCGAGCUCAGAAGAAGAAGAACCAAUGGAAGUCUCCUCUCACAAAUCCAUUUCUCUCCAUUCUGAGAAGGAGAUUCCAGAGGACAUUGGAGUUUCCUCAGAUAGUGAGGGAACUGAACUCGAGCCAGAGCCUCCAUUGACAAAAUCUGCUCCAACUCCUGCUCGAUCCUCUUCACCAGCAAAGGCUUCUGCUGCUGCCAAAGGUAAAAAGCCAACUUUUAAGCUUGUGUUUCCAAAUUUAAUUUUUAAGGUUUUAUCCUCUCAGAAAAAUGUGACACAAUCUCAUGAAACUCUUGAGCCUUCAUUGAGUGGAACAACAUUCCAACCCUCGGAGUAUUUUGAUGGAGUGUUUCAAAAGGGGCCUAAAGCUGGUGUUGCUGCUGCUGCUGCUGCAAGCUCGAGUUCUGCUGCUGUAGAAAUCCAGGAAGUCAAGAAUGAGGUUCAGCUGGUGAACAAUCGUCUUGCUGCCAUGGAGGAAAUUCAGCAAGAGAUGUCAAAGCAGCUGUCCACCUUGGUCAAGCUUUACAGAGACUAA